UGUAGGUCCCGACCCACAGUUCAAGAUUUGGAAAAUGACGUCGUUUCGGCUGCUGUCUCGGGCAACGCGUAGGCUUAUGAAGCCUUCACACUGUCGCUCCCAUCUCUCUGCUUAUCAGCCAACCACCACCAAACCGAACCCUAAAGAAAUCCCUUUGAUCCCAUUUAAUCCCAGGCACCGUUGGAUUCCCAGUUAUCUUGAUUCUGAUCUCAGGCUCGUAGCGCACAUAUCGACCUCGUCUUCAUCGAACAAGGACGACAAUCGGGUCAGCGAUGACCCGAAAGCCCAAGCUUCUUGGAUCGACGCUUAUUUGCCCAGGCAGGCCCGCCCUUAUGCUAAGCUGGCUCGCCUCGACAAGCCCAUUGGCACCUGGUUGCUUGCUUGGCCUUGUAUGUGGUCAAUAACACUGGCAGCAAGCCCAGGACACCUUCCUGAUAUUAAGAUGUUGACACUAUUUGGAUGUGGGGCUUUGCUUUUAAGGGGGGCCGGAUGUACCGUAAAUGAUCUCCUUGAUCGGGAUAUUGACACCAUGGUGGAACGUACAAAGUUGCGGCCAGUUGCGAGUUGUCUUUUAACACCUUUUAAAGGGUUGUGUUUUCUCGGAUUUCAAUUGCUUUUGGGUCUUGGAAUUCUCCUCCAACUGAAUAAUUAUAGCCGUGUUUUGGGGGCUUCGUCUUUGUUGCUAGUUUUCUCCUAUCCUCUCAUGAAAAGGUUGACAUUCUGGCCUCAAGCAUACCUUGGUUUGACCUUUAACUGGGGAGCUUUGUUAGGAUGGGCUGCAAUCAAAGGAAGCAUUGAUCCAGCUAUAGUACUCCCAUUGUACAUUUCUGGCGUAUUUUGGACACUUGUGUAUGAUACGAUAUAUGCACAUCAGGAUAAAGAAGAUGAUCUGAAGGUUGGUGUCAAAUCUACCGCUUUGAGGUUUGGUGAUUCAACAAAGGAGUGGAUUACUGGGUUUGGAAUCCUGUGCAUCAGUAGUCUUGCGCUCAGUGGAUAUAAUGCCGAAAUUGGCUGGCCAUAUUAUGCACUUUUGGCAGUUGCAUCUGGACAAUUAGCUUGGCAGAUAUGGACAGUUGACCUUUCAUCCAGGCUUGACUGCAAUGGAAAGUUUGUGUCGAACAAGUGGUUUGGUGCUAUUAUUUGCAGUGCAAUAUUAUUGGGAAGACUGUCAUCAUAGGGCAUUAUUGAUAUGGCUAAAGUUCAGAUGAUUUAUGGGGUACUGCUUGUUGAAUUUGCAAAGAAGAUCCCAGAUUGCGUACGCAAACGGAGGUUGCAAAACCAUUGCCAUGCACCAUUCAAAUUGCAAGGAUUUGUAUGUCACAUCUUUAGUCAAGAAUUGAGAUACACAUACUUCAAACUGAUCUUUAGUCAAGAACAUACACAUACUUCAAACUGAUCUUUAGUCAAGAACUGCGAUACACACACUUCAGACUAGAGUACUAGACCCUUUCCAUGGGGGUGUUUGAAAUUAAAUGUAUUGAUAUCAUUUUUUAGGGGGCAAUAUUGUACUGUUUUCCAUUGUUGUAAUAUCAUUCUUUCAGUAGUUGAGGAUAUUGUUAUAACUAAUUUCA